AAUCUCAUCUUUUAAAUACUCCAUUAUUCAUUUCUCUCUAUACAUAUUAAACUUUUCCGAUCACUAUUUCCAUUUUCCGAUCAACUAAAAUGAGGAGGAACUGCAACCUCGAACUCCGCCUCUUUCCGGUCUCCGAUCCCGAAGAAGAGCGAGAACAACAACAUCAACCACAGCAGAUUACUAUUUUCUACAACGGAAAUGUUUCCGUUUGUGAUGUUACGGAAAUUCAGGCUAGGGUUAUUCUUCUGUUAGCAAGUCAAGAAACGGACGAUAAACUCAGAACCUCACCGUCACCAACGUUGCCGUCUCCGGUUUACGUCCCGGAUAACGGUUUAUCGAUGAAGAGGUCGUUACAGCGGUUUUUGCAGAAGCGGAAUAACCGUCGGAUUCAAACAACGUUCCCUUACAGCAUUAACCGAAGGGUGACGUGUCCGUUGAUUAACCAAUAAUAGAGUUUGAUCCAUAUUUCUCAUGUGAAUGAGGCGGAGAAGAUGUAGUUUAAUUAGUAGAAUGCAAAGAUUCUUUUGUAAUUAAAAAAUUAAGUUGGGUUGAUUCUUUAGAUGGCGUUUAGUUAGGCUUGUAAAAAAAAUUAAUUAUAAAAAGCUAUUUUUUCCAAUA